CGAGUCGAUCGAUUGAUUGACCUUAUCCUAAGACCUGAUCGCCAAAGUCCCUGUUUCCCCCCCCCAUCAUAGUUGAGAUUAUACAGCGAAGAUGUCACGGUCCACGGCGGACGCAACUCGAUUCACGGCGACCGCGCCUCAUGCCCAUUCCAAACCCGGAUCUACGGCAUCGAGAUGGCCGGGGAUGAAAUUGGGACGCACUCAGGAAAGACCCCAGCCUGCAACCGGGGGAGAUAGUCAAGAGACCCCCAAGCAGAAAGUUGAGCGGCUUCGCGCGGAGGCUCGCGCCGCCCGAAUUGCGAAAUCGUCGUCACCAAUGGAUAGAAUAAUAGGACGGGGAAGAGUGUGGGCGGAUCGGGUUCAUAAAGUGACUGUUUUCACCAUUAUUGCGGCUUCUGGUAUUGCUGGUAUUCUCACCAUAUAUUCCGCGACGUCAUUGAUAUCACAUAAUCGCCGUCAAAAAGCCCUAUGGAUCGAUAGAGAAUUGCAGAAGCUAUUGGACGCCAGAAAGGCCUAUGUCGCAGGAACCGCUACUCCUGAACAGAUUCAGCUUUUAGAGAAAGAGAAGGCAGCCGACGAAGAAAAGAAGAGAAAAGAGGAAUUGAAGAAGGAAACGACGUUUUACAAAGCUAAAAGCUGGCUAUUUGGCGGGAUGAAACAGGACGAGGUAAAUGAGAGUGCAAGUGUGCAGCUUGAGACUGGGGAAGAAAAGUCAAAAAUAUUAGAGGCGAUCAACGCAAAGGCAGCAGAUGCGGUUGUUGCACCAACAGACUUGAUUUCGCAAGAAAACCGGGGCGAUCGGGGAACCGACGCUGCGCAAACAAUCACGAGCGAAACAAAGAAAGGUUGGGCGAGUUGGUUAACAGGACGAUAAGCGGAGCACACGAUUCUAUCCAUUCUCUUACUGCAUAUAUUUUACACUGCGCAGUCGUACCCGUCGAGAAGGAAACAUUUACCGACCGCCACGACUGCCGCCAGUGGCCUUGACUCAUUUCAGUGGGUUCUCAAAUCUUACAUCAUUACUACUCCCGGUUACCUACCCGCUGUUCGAUCUGAGGUUUGGUGCCCAAACCUUUCUGAGCACGGUGGCUUGUAUAGUAUAGUCUUCGAAUUUUGGAGCAGUUUUGGCUUGAAGGUUUCCAGCGAUGGGACGGCAUUUGAUGCUGCUUCUUUUUUUUAAUUGCCACCUUACGGAAUUCAUUUCCGGUGAAGCUUGUUUGCUUUGUUCUUUUUUACAUAACCCAUGACGGUUGGACUUACUUUUCCCAGACUCGCAACUCAUCACAAAAUGCCUCUUUUAUAGCAUAGCAAAUCUAGGCGUUUUUGGGUAGGCAAUGUUAAGACAUGAAGUAUGGUGUUAGAGAA